UUGCGGCGGCUGUAUCGACCACAGAUAAUCGAUACCGAUCAGUAGUAUCGAUCUGCUGCGCUGUAAGUGUGGGGUGUUCGGAGGGACCCCGGAGGGAUUCCUCGGACUACGUGUAGAUACACAGAUGCCGCCACACAUCUUGACCAAUCACGCAGCUUUAACAGGAAAAAAACGGGAAAAUCCGGAAAAGCCGGAUCUGGCUUCCAAUCAGGAACCGGCUCCCGUCAUUCACUUCAAAGAGCCGGCUCUUAGAGCCGGAUCGUUCGCGACCGACCCAUCACUACUCAUUACACUGAAUCCUCCUCGUCCAACAGACUCAUGGCAACCACAGACACCAAGCUGGGAGGAUCCAAAGAGUCCAGUCUGCAGUCUGAAGAGUCUGUGAUGUCCGAGGAGUCCAGGAUGAGGUCGACGGGCCCCGUGUGGUCCUGGGAGUCGGAGCUGACCUCCAUCCAGCACUCGCUGAAGUUUGUGUUGACGCUGAAGGAUGAGUUUGUUUGUCCUGUCUGUAGAGGAGUUGUGUUAAACCCUCAGCAGAACUCCUGUGGACACAUCUACUGCUUCCACUGCCUGCAGGGCCUGCUGGAGACUUCGUCCAGUCCAGCGUGUCCAGUGGACGGAGCCGUAAUCACACCAGCGGAGGUUUUCCAGGACAACUGCUGCAAACGAGAAAUCUCCAAUCUAGAAGUGUACUGCACCAACUACCCAGAAUGCACCUCUGUCGUCACGUUACACAACCUGCAGGAGCACCUGAGGUCGUGUCCUUACGAGCAGCUGCAGUGUUGCAACUCAGGCUGCAGGGCGGCGCUACAGAGGAGAUACCUGCAGGAACACCAGACCGACACCUGUCCUCACCGCACUGAGCCCUGCCCACACUGCCAGCAGCUGCACCGACUCAGCCUCAUUCAGGAUCACGUGCAGAGCUCCUGUCCGGAGGUGGAGGUGGACUGUCCCAACGGCUGCUCCCAGAAGGUUCCCAGACACAAGCUGUCAGAGCACAGCGAGACGUGUCCCGAAGUUCCCAUCGACUGCUCUUAUAAGAGGUUCGGCUGCUGCGUGCAGGGUAAGAGAGUGAAGGUGAAGCUGCAUGAAGACGCUGCUGUCAAUCUUCACAUGCUGCUGGUGCUGAGGAGCAACACCCACCUGGAACAACAGGUGGAGGUUCUCCAGGAGGAGGCGCUGCAGAGGAAGCAGGAGGUCCAGACGGACAGUUUGCUGCUGGCCGGUCUGCAGAAGGAAAUCAGACCGCUGCUGCAACAGAACGGCAGCCACGAACUCAUCGUCUCUACAGCUCAGAGGACUCUAAGCAGGCAGCAGGACGCUCUGUCCACCGUCCAGCUGGAGGUCCAGCAGGUGUCCCGGGCACUCGGCCCUGGUCUGGAGGAGCUUGAGCAGCUCAGGAAGUCUCUGGAUGCUGUGAUCCAGGAAGUGUCGGCGACCGAGGCCCUCAAAGAACACCUGGGAACUUUGGAGGAGAACCUGAAGCACCACUCGGGUCUCUUGGAUCUCCACGCCGCUCAGCUCAACCGUAACAAGCAGCACCUGCAGGAGCUUGAGGCCACGUCCUACGACGGCAGACUGAUCUGGAAGAUCGAUGACUUCAGGAACAGGAGGGAGGCCGAGGUCAGAGGUCAGCCACCCUGCCUAAGCAGCGUGCCGUUCCACACCGGACGCUGCGGCUACAAAAUGGCCGCUAAGGUCUAUCUGAACGGGGACGGGGAGGGAAGAGGGACUCACCUGUCCCUGUAUGUUGUCCUAAUGCCGGGAGACUUUGAUGCUCUGCUGCCGUGGCCCUUCAGACAGACUGUGUCUCUGUCUGUUCUGGAUCAAAGUGGUGCAGGUAACCACCGGAGUCUAAGCUUCAGACCUGACCAGACGUCCAAGAGCUUCCAACGACCCGGCGCCGAGUCGGUCAGCAACGUCGCUGUUGGAUUCUCAUGCUUCAUUCCCCUCAACAAGCUGGAGACGCCCCAGAACGCUGUGUACAUCAGCGACGACACGCUGUUUGUCAAAGUGAAGGUGGACAUGACGGGUUUAGAGCAGCUGUAAGACUUCCAGUGUUUUACCUUGGCACCAUCUGGACGUCAUUUCAAGAAGGACAACAACAUAAUUUAAAUCAAUUUAAACACAUAAAGAGAAAUCUACCUGUUAUAACUUUAAAGGAAUAGUUUGACAUUUUGGGGAAUUCUCUCAGGUUCUCAUCUCAUAUUCACCAAAAUGUUGAACUUUUCCUGACAGCUUUAGGAUCAUCUCAGGGAUCGUUUGAUGGAGGUCUGACUGUGGCUACUGAUAAUUACUGAAUACUCUUCAUCUUGAGAUCAUGACUUAAUUAUCAGAUUAUUUUAGGAAAGCAUCUGGGGCCCAGAUCAAGUGAUUUACGUCUGUUAUCAGGAAGUAAUGAUCAGGUUAUCUGGAGGAUCUCAAGUUAAUAAUUAAUCUAUUGUCUUUGGACAAAGGGAAAAAAAAACAUAAUUUAUAAUUUCAAGAAAACAAGAUGAAGUUGUGAUCACAAGAUAAACAGGAAGUUCUUUGUACGUGUUCAUGUGUCUGUGCACUGUUCUGGUACCUAAUUAUUAGCUAUAUAUAUUAUAUCAUACAUUGCAGGAUUGUUUAGAAAUAAUAAUAAUAAGAUAUAUGUGUAUAUAUAUUUUAACUCACAUCUAUGGACGUGCUCGGCAUCGUAUUGUGCUACUGAAGACAGAUUUACUGUUCAUGGUCUGGAGCUCUUAUAGGACCAGUGUGAAGGAUUUAGUGGCCUCUAGUGGUGAAGUUGCAGAUUACAACUUCCUUACUUCACCCUCCCAUUUAGGGAUUAAUAUUUUUCUUCUUUAAAUUAUUUCUUUAUUAAGUUCAACAAAGCUUCAUUGGGGGUUGCGAGGCCUUCUGGAUUCAGAAAAGACAAGGAAACACUGAAUGUACCAAAAGAAGAAGCCUGUUAACUCUGUGUGAUUGUUAAAAAUACAGAAUACUAAAAAAAAAAGUUCCUUAAAGGGGAAAUAAUGAGCUCAAGUUUUACACAAACCUUUUGCACUUACUGAGCUCAUUAUUUGGGUUCAUUGUAGUUUUAAUAUAAUAUGAUGUCACUGAGUCAGUUCACUAAUAUAUAUAUUAAUAAUAUGUUUAUAUGUCAGGUUGGUCCACAGUGACUGAGACAGACUGAAAGGACGCUCAUCAGCCACUAUUUAUUAUUUUUAUAUGUAACAACACCGAUUGUUGAUCAGCAAAGACAUACCAUUACAGUAUUAUUAUUAUUAUUAUAAGUGUUUUUCAUUUUAUUGUUGCUACGGAGACGAGGGAUGCAGCAAAUCGUCUCUCGUAAAUACCUUAUUAUUAUAAGGUAUUCAUCAGGCCACUGAGCAGAAGAAAUAAAGUCUGUAUUAUUAAAA